GGCAGCUGUACUGUUAGUCUACUAUAGCAGGUAGACUGCUAUAAAUUCAACCCUCUUCCAAGCCAAAUCCAUUGACUUCACCUACCUCUUCAACUUCACCGAUCUCUCAACUUGACCUACCACAGCUAAAUCCCACAGCAAACCCCACAGCUAAAGCCACAGCCAAGCACAUACCAACAUGUCCUCCACCGAGAUCACCCUCCCCCAAAUCUUCACCCACACAAGCGACACCCACACCACCACCAUCCACUGGACAAGCAUCGGCCCCGCCAACGCCCCCCCAGUGAUCUUCAUCCACGGCACGCCCUGGUCCUCCUACACCUGGGCCGCGCACGCCCUCGCCCUCUCCACCCGCUACAAAGUCUACCUCUUCGACAGACCCGGCUUCGGCGCCUCCCCAGACCGCCAGCCCCUCCACCCAGACAGCCCACCCGAGCUCGACGGCUCCCUCUCCGGCCAAGCAGCCUCCUUCGCCGCCCUCUACACCUCCUGGGCCUUCCACCCGUCGCAGCCCCCGCACGUCAUCGCGCACGACAACGCCGGCCUGGUUGCGCUGCGCGCACACCUCACCCACGGCACCGCCUACGCCAGCCUCUGCCUCGUCGACGUCGUCGCCGUGCCCCCCUUCGGCUCGCCCCUCUUCCGCCUCAUCGCCCAGAACCACGCCGUCUUCGACGCCGUCCCGGACUCGGUCCACGAGGGCAUCCUACGCUCUUACAUCCGCGACGCGUCCGCCCGUCCGCUGUCUAAGGACGUAGAGGAUAGACUCGUGCAGCCUUGGACGCCGGCGGGAACGCAGGGGCCUCAAGCGUUCAUCAGACAGCUGGUGCAGGCCGAUCAGCGGUUCGCGGCGGAUGUGGAGCCGCGGUAUGCGGAGGUGGGCGCGGCCAUGCCCGUGAAGGUUGUGUGGGGGACGGAGGAUCAGUGGAUUCCGGCUGAGCGGGCGAAGACGCUGGCGGAGGGCGUUGCGGCGAGGGAUUCGGUGCUUGUUGAUGGGGCGGGGCACUUGAUUAUGUUUGAUCAGCCGGAGCGGUUGGCGGUUGAGAUUGCGGUUUGGUUGGGGUCGGUGGGGAGGCCUGCAUUGGGUGACAGUGCUUGUUGAUGUGUGCCUGAAAUAGGACACGAUGUUACUCUUAAGAGAAUAUUUAGAGUACCUAAUAUCUAAGAACGAAAC